AUGGUCUCCCUUACAGAUGUCCAAUCCUCGAAUUCCCGCAUUGCCUCCGCUCUUCCUCCGCGUCUCGUCGCCGUCUUCGUCGGUGCCACUAGCGGUGUCGGCGAAGUAUCGCUGAAGCAAUUCGCCAAGCACGCCCGCCAACCCCGCGUCUACUUUGUUGGCCGCUCACAAGAAGCCGGAGAUCGCAUUGCAGCCGAAUGCAAGACCCUGAACUCUGAAGGCGAGUACAUCUUCAUCAAGGCAGAUACCAGUCUGAUCCGCACCGUGGAUGAUAUAUGCAGUGACAUCAAGUGCAAAGAGAAGGCGGUCAAUCUCCUCUUUCUUAGUACGGGAUCAUUGGUUAGCGCGGAGACUUCGGAGGGCCUUAACUUCGUCACGACCUUGGUAACCUAUUCCCGCAAUCGAUUUAUUGUAAACCUUUUGCCACUUCUUCAACAGGCCACUGCCCUUCGUCGUGUCGUCACUGCAUUCGCCGCUGGUAAAGAAGGCCCAGUUAGCAUCAAUGACUUUCAAGGCUGGAAAGUCUCUGCGCUUUCCGCACGUGGCCACGUCAGCUCACUUGUCACCGUAUCCCUUGAAGCCCUUGCCAAGAAAGCACCGGACGUGACAUUCAUCCACAACUUCCCGGGUCCGCUCAAGUCAAACCUUUUCCGGGGUGGCCAAGGCGCAACGAUAUUCGUUAUCAAUAUAGUCUUCAAAGCCAUAUCGCCCAUGAUGACUUGGUACUCGAAUCAGGAGUGUGGUGAACGUCACUUGUUCCUCGCAACGAGCGCGAGGUACCCGGCAGCUUCUCAUGGGGAUGUAACUUCUGGGGUGCCGUUGACCGGUGAAGUUGCGAUUGCAAGAGGAACCAAUGGGGAAAGUGGAAGUGGUGUGUACUCCGUCGAUUUGGCCGGUGAAAGUUCGGGACCUAAGGUGGAGGAGCUUCUGACCAAUUUCAAAAAGGGAGGAGUGGUGGAGAGGUUCUGGAAACAUACAGAGGAGGAGUUUGAGCGGAUUACUGGACUGGCAGCGGCAUAG